CGCACGACAGAAGCACCAGUUUCGAAUCAGCAUGGACGACUUUCGCCUGCUCUCGGCCGCCGACCUGGCGCUCCAUCGCUCGACGACGCAAGCGAUCGCUGCGCGCGCGACGACCACGGCACAGAACCAGCGCCGCCACCCAACGUACCUCAAGAGCCAGGGCUACAAGCUCGCGAUGACCAAGCACGGCUUCCAGGCCUUCCAACGCUCCUGCCCGAAUUCGUCCUUUAUGGAGUUCGUCAUCCUUGGCCACUGCGAUGCGUCGCUCGAUGAGAUGGCCGAGGGACUCUACGCGUCGACGACGCAGGCCCAUCGCACGGUGCAGGCCUUGCUGUACAAGCACAGCUUCCUCGACGGCGCGGUCCUCCAGGUCGCCGACACCAAGACACUGGACGACCCGUUUUGUUGGUUUGGUAUCAAGUACGCGCGGGUGCAGCUUCACGCCAUGUUCCAGCCGCGCGACACCGUCUACGCCGAGCUGUCGGGCACGACAGUCGAGGACGGUGUGCGAACGCUGUACCAAGUCCGUCACUCGAUCGAGGCAGAUGCCUUUCCACCACUGCACAACGUCGUUCGGUUCUCGUACGAGAUGGGGUGGGUCUUCUCGGAGCUCCCGAACGGCCGCGUCCAGUUUAGCAUCGUCGGCCACCUCAAUCCCCAAGGCAAGAUCCCGCCGUGGUUCUUCAACAAGCGGACAGCGCAAAAGCACGCGCUGAACGCCGCGACGUUUUCCGACAUUGCUCGCCUCCGUCGGCUCGUGGAGGCUCCUCCGGCGCCGCAGCACCGGCCCCGCGACCCAACGUAG